CAAACAAUAAUAAAUAAUACAACGAUAAUGCAUUCACUUGGAAUACAUUAGCAGCUUGAAUUAACGAUACGAAACGUUACAAUUAUUAAUAGCUAGCGUUAGCUCGCUGUCUUACAAGUUCAGGCUAAUGUAAUGUUUACUAACUGUAUAUAUAUAUAUGUAUAUGUGACUUUACUAUAUCUAACAGCAAUGUUUGAAUUAGCAAGAUCUGCGUAAUGCCAGAGCUUAAAUGUAACGUAAGCAAAUAUUUCUGCGCAAUACCCGCUUUGUACAAAGCUUUUCUCCUUCAGCUUUAAUGUUUUCUGUUUUUAAUGCCAGACUCCAUUGAGUGAAUUUAAACUUACUUCUGCGAUCAGUCCCUGCUGUGGAAUCAAUAACUAACGUUAAUAAGCUUCAUUUUUCGACAUAAUGGAUGAAGAACCAGAGAGAACCAAGCGCUGGGAAGGGGGCUACGAGAGGACAUGGGAGGUGCUGAAGGAGGAUGAAUCUGGCUCCCUAAAAGCCACAGUAGAAGAGAUCCUGUUCCAGUCCAAAAGGAAAAGGGUCACAGAGAGCCAUGGACAAGUGCGGCUUGGAAUGAUGCGACACCUCCACGUGGUGAUCGACUGUUCAAGAACUAUGGACGACCAUGACCUGAAACCCAACCGCCUCACCGCCUCUCUAAAGCUGUUGGAAACCUUUGUCGAGGACUACUUUGACCAGAACCCCAUCAGUCAGCUGGGCCUUAUCACCACCAAGAACAAAAGAGCAGAGAAGCUGACUGACUUGGCAGGAAAUCCAAAGAAGCACAUCGUUGCUCUGAAGAAAGCAGUGGACACUGUGUGUGUCGGCGAGCCGUCCCUUUACAACUCUCUGAACCUGGCCAUACAGACACUCAAGCACAUGCCUGGACACACCAGUCGGGAGAUCCUGGUAAUCCUCAGCAGUCUCACCACAUGUGACCCCGCCAACAUCUGUGAGCUGAUUAAGACCCUGAAGUCUCUGAAGGUCAGGGUCUCUGUGAUUGGCCUGUCAGCAGAGGUCAGGGUGUGUACGGUAUUGACCAGGGAGACGGGCGGCUCCUACCACGUUAUCCUGGAUGAGAGUCACUUUAAAGAGCUGCUGAUGCUGCACGUCAAGCCCCCCCCAGCCAGCUCCUCAUCCGAAUGCUCUUUAAUACGCAUGGGUUUUCCUCAGCACACCAUUGCCUACCUGAGUGACCAGGAUGCCAAGCCCUCAUUCAGCAUGGCUCAUCUGGACAGUAGCAGUAGUGCCGGUCUGUCUCUGGGAGGAUACUUCUGUCCGCAAUGCCACGCCAAGUACACCGAGCUUCCUGUGGAGUGUAAAGUCUGUGGUUUGACUCUGGUGUCGGCGCCCCAUCUGGCCAGAUCCUUCCACCACCUUUUCCCCCUCCAAGCCUUCACAGAGAGUCCUGCAGAGGAGCUCCACAAAGACAGGUUCUGUCAGGCUUGUCAAGGCCAGCUGAAAGACAAAAGUAUAUUCUCCUGUCCGAUAUGUGGAAGUGUGUUCUGUUCGGAGUGUGAUCUCUUCAUCCAUGACUCGCUGCACUGCUGCCCCUGCUGUAUUCACAACCCAAGCAACCCCUGAAGCUAAGAGGCUAAUUAUACUUAGUGGUCACCGUAUCUGUCUUAUAUAAUGCACACUGGGAAUGCACCAUAAUUCAAAAAUGUUGAAGAUUUGAUACAAGAUGGGACAUUUUUGGUAUGUCCUUAUCGGUUGAAGGUUCACCAGCUUCUGGCUUAAGUUAGGCCAAAGCCUCUGUCUGCUGUGAGAACUGCUUCUGAGCGGCUGCACGCCCAGCUGGGAAAUGGCACAACACUUUAUUCCUGUCGGAAAUCAUUUCAGUGUAUUGUUUACGCGCACUUUUGUACUACAGUUCAGUUUGUGAAUAAAACCCUUUUUUUCC